GGGGCCGGCUGGGCAUGGAGAUGAAGGGACUGUGGGGUAUACGAAUCCCGACAAUUCCGCAAACCAGGUAACGUUGACCGCGCAGAAACAAGCAAUGUGCAACGGAGGUCGAGUUACUUUGCCUUGCGCAGCGAUCGUUCAAAUGAAACAUGCUCAUCCCCGACGCAUGCGUACGAACGCGGUGUCGCCCCAGUCAUUCCGUCGAAGUGCGCGCUGUGCUGCCGUAGUAUAAUAAAUAGAACCACCCACACAGCUCCGAUCUCCAAAUCGCACCAUCCAAGGAUCUUCUUACACAAUUUUACGACCACAUAGCAGAGUACAUACCAGCCCAACAUGGUAUCUCUCAAGCAAGUCGCCCUCGUUGCAUUCACUGCCGGUGCCGCCGCGCAGAGCGGUUCAGGGAAAACAACGCGAUACUGGGACUGCUGCAAGGGAUCUUGUGGCUGGGCCGGCAAGGCGCCUGUCAACCAGCCCAUCCGCAGCUGCGACAAGAGCGACAACCCGCUCUCCGACAUGGCGGCGAAAAGUGCGUGCGACAACGGCGGCGGCGUCGCGCACAUGUGCUCGAAUCAGAGCCCAUGGGCGGUCAACGACAAGCUGGCGUAUGGCUUCGCGGCGGUGAAGUUGGCUGGAAGCUCAGAGAACGCGUGGUGCUGCUCUUGCUACGAAUUGACGUUCACAUCCGGCCCUGUGGCCGGCCAGCAGCUUAUUGUCCAAGCUACCAACACCGGAGGCGACCUCGGACAGAACCACUUCGAUCUCGCCAUGCCAGGCGGUGGCGUGGGCAUGUUCAACGCGUGUACGAACCAGUGGGGUGCGCCGCCAAACGGCUGGGGAGCACAGUACGGUGGGAUAUCGAAACGGUCCGACUGCGAUGGGUUCCCUGAGAAGCUCAAGGCGGGCUGCUACUGGCGCUUUGACUGGUUCAAGGGCGCUGACAACCCAGAUGUCACGUUCAAGAAGGUUACGUGCCCGGCGGCAAUUACUGACAAAUCUGGCUGCAAGCGCAAUGGCGAGUAGACAAAAGAGGUGUGGAACCGGAGUGAAAAGGGCGAGCCUUGAAGGUCGAUAGACUUUCUAGUUGUAUACUUCAUCAUCAAUUGAGAAUAAAUCAUACUCUAUCUAAUUCUCAUCACUUGCUGCUUAUGUCUGAACCUUUCCUCGGACCCUUUUCGAUCUUCGUAAGUUGGCUAUCUUGUCUCGCAAGACACAAUUUUUCUCUCAUCCUCUUAUCUCUCAAAUAGUAGAAAACCCUUGCACAAGCAGUUGUGAUCAUGGUCAAGGGGACCGUCACCGCCCAGUAUAACCAGAAUCGCGAUGAAGUCAUGUUGUCCGCGGUCUUAGAGUUGAGAUCGAAAAACUGGGUGCUAAACA